AUGGCCCUGGUUGUCUUCUCCACGGUCGUGUCUUGCAUUCUCUCAUUCGCUCAGCGACCGUGGUACCGAGACCAUCUUGGCCAGACACCUCUUGGCAGCAGAACCGGCUUCAUGGCCGCAGCGAUGAUGCCGCUCAUCAUAGCCUUAGCCGCGAAGGUCAACAUCAUCACCAUCAUAACGGGCAUCGGACACGAGAAGCUUAAUGCUUUACAUCGUUGGCUUUCCUGGAUAUUCCUAGCGUUGAGCCUGAUACACACCAUCGCAUUCCUCAUACAGCCGCUCCGCGAGGGUGGCCGUCCUCGACUGCAUGAGGCACUCUACAAGCACGCCAGCUUUCUCUACUCCGGAGUGCCCCCACUGGCUUUCCUCGUCGCCAUAAUGGCCCUCUCCUUUCCCAUCAUCCGCCGCGCCGCCUACGAAUUCUUCGCCUGGUCCCACGUAACCAUGUCCGUCAUCUUCCUCGGUCUCCUCUUCUGGCAUUUCGCCAACCUGUAUGACUCCUGGCACUACCUGUGGGCCACCAUGGCCGUGUGGCUCUUCUCGCUCCUCGGUCGCGCGUUCCAUAAAAUUUCCUUCUUCCGCCUCAGCAGCAGCUGGCUCCGCGGCUGCCCCGCCGCCGUCCACAGCAUCUCGCCCGACAUGUUGAAGAUGGAGAUCUUAGCACCGCCCGGCUGGUCCUGGGAGCCAGGUCAGCACGUCUUCCUCCGCUUUCCGCAGUUUAACCUUUUCGAUAAUCAUCCCUUCACUAUCGCCUCCAUCCCGAACCGUUCUUCGACACCUCGAACGCCACUUGGCGUACCGACGCAAUCGAGCCAGAAUACCCUUGAGUUCCUGAUAAGGCCCCAGUCAGGCUUCACGCGCCGCCUCCUGCACUACACCGACGAACACCCAGACGCCCUCCUCUCGGCUGUCAUAGAAGGGCCCUACGGCACCGCGCUUCCUCGCCUCGAAAACAGAUACGAGGACGUCAUCCUCGUGGCCGGUGGCGCGGGGAUCACGGCUAUGCUGCCCUGGCUGUUGCACAUCGCAGAGCGGAUGCGGGCAGGGGGGUGUGCGACAAGGCGGGUACGGCUGGUCUGGAUCACGCGGAGCAAAGGGGACGUGAACUGGAUCGGCGGGCAGUUGCGACGCAUGUGGGAGGUUGCUCCUGGUGGGAGCGUCGGGGUCGAUGUGUGGGCUACGAGAAAACCGUUGCGGGAGGUCGCAAGGGUCAAGACGGUCAAGGAGGCAUUCGGGACGAUAGCAUCAGGGCCUGCCCAGCCGAGCCUUGCGAGCCCGCUGAGUCUGUCGCCGGUAAGCCCGAGGGCACCGCUCAGUCUGACAAGUCCGCUGGGUCUUUCACCAGUCAGUCCAAAGACACCCGGUUUGGGUACUCCGAUGUUACCGUGGACGCCUACUGGAUUGGCACCGCCGGUAUCGCUGCGGUUUCCGGCCAGUCCGGUGAGCCCUGUCAGUCCGGUCGAUAGCAUGUUCAGCGGGAGGAGUGGCGGCAGCGGGAAGAGGCUGUUGAAGGGGAUCCGGGAGACGGUAAGAGAUGCUGGCAGCCCGCUAGAUGAUUUCGUGGAGAUGCAUGUUGGUGCCCGGCCAGAUAUUGAGCGGGUGGUUGGGGUGAUGAUUGGGGAUAGGCGGACGGCGGUCCUGGGAUGUGGGCCUGAGGGGCUGAAGAUCGAUCUGAGUAAUCUGGUGGCGAGGGAGCAGAAGAGAGUCAUUAGAGGACAGGCGAAGGAGGUGAUGCUGCACACGGAGACUUUUGACUUUUGA